CAACCCGGAAGUAGCUGCUGGACGCCUCCUGUUGUUGACACCGCGGAGCCUCGAUGCUACAAUGACAACAGCGUGUAGCCGCGUGCUCGUGUUCUGAAUAGAAACCUCAAAGACCCGAGUUGUCUCCUCUUCACACCGCCAUGUGCAUUUGUUCCUGACUGACCGUGUUAUUGUCUGGUUGUCACUUCAGCCUGUGCCGUUCACGUUGCUCUGCAGCUAGCACAGCAGGCUAAUUUCCUGUGGAGGAAGUUAGCUUCUUACAGAGUCAUGGAGAGUCAAUUUAAACCCAGCUCAUAGAAUUAAACGAUAAACCCCGUGGUGUUUGUUUCAAAUCUAGUUAGGACAACGCUCUGGACAAGAUGGCAGUGGAGCUGGAUGUGUUCGUGGGUAACACCACCAUCAUGGAUGAGGAGGUCUAUCAGCUCUGGUUGGAUGGACACACAGUGAAUGAUGCAGUCAAGGUACGGAUGGAGGGAGGAGUGCUGGAGGAGUGUGAGGCGAGCGCAGAUGUUCUGAUGAGCGACACCAUGGACCAGUACAGGACUUUCCAGAUGUGCGAGCGUCUGCUGCACAGUCCAACCAAACUAGCCAAUCAGCUCCUGUUCCAGAUCCCUCCGCAUCGACAGGCCAUCCUCAUAGAGAGAUACUAUGCUUUUGAUGAUGUGUUUGUCCGUGAGGUCCUAGGAAAGAAACUCUCUAAAGGAACCAAAAAAGACUUAGACGACAUCAGUGCCAAGACGGGUGUGACACUGAAGAGCUGCAGACGACAGUUUGACAACUUCAAACGUGUUUUCAAAGUAGUGGAGGAGCUGAAGGGGCGCCUGGUGGAGAACAUACGUCAGCAUUUUCUUCUCUCUGACAAGCUUUCAAGGGAUUAUGCCGCCAUCGUUUUCUUUGCCAACAAUCGCUUUGAGACGGGGAAAAGAAAGCUAAUGUUCCUCACUUUCCAGGAUUUCGCUUUCUGCGGUGGGCAGCUUAUCAACAACUGGACCGUCGGGGCCGUGGAUAACAUGGUGGAAGACAUGGACGUCGAUCUUGAUAAAGAGUUUUUACAGGAGCUGAAGGAACUGAAGAUUUUAAUCGCAGACAAAGAUCUGCUGGAUCAACACAAAAGUCUGGUGUGUACAGCUCUCAGAGGAAAGACUAAAGCUUUUAAUGAGAUGGAGGCUAAUUUCAAGAAUCUUUCCAGAGGCCUUGUCAACAUCGCGGCCAAGUUAACGAACACAAAAGACGUCAGAGAUUUCUUCAUUGAUCUUGUUGAGAAGUUUAUUGAGCCGUGCCGUUCGGACCGAUGGACAGCUGCGGAUAUGAGACUCUACCUCACUCACUACACAAACUCUGCGCACAUACUCGACACAUUCAAACACCAGCUUGUGUGGGACAGAUACAUGGGCGUCAUCAAAAGCUGUAUCUUCAAAAUGUAUCACGACUGAAGUGUAUUCGUUACCGCUCGCUCCGCUCUUCUCACUGCUAUUCGUCUGGUUCGUCUGCUUUUAUCUUAGCCCUUCGGUUUCUGCUUUCUCUGUUCGCUGAUGAAUUGUUUUUCUUGAGCUCUGUUAUCGCUUUUGGCCUCCGAGCUUGCUUUCCUACUUUUCCCCCGAAGUGUCUGUAAAUUUGGUUUCUAAAUAAAAUGGACGUAUUGACGUCACAAUGUCA